UUUAAAUAGUGUUUAACUGAAAUAGUAAGUGAAAGUAGUUGUGAAACUGAAAGUAAAUUCGACAACUAUUUUAUGUAGCUUCAAACGAGACAGCUCAACAGCAGGAGAAAUGAGUUGUGAUGGCGACCAGCACACAAUGCAGUCCUCAGAUGAUGUGCUGCCCCCUCCUGGUGACAUCCAGGUCCUGCUGCUGACAUUAGAUUCUGUGUCUCUGAGCUGGAGUUCUCCUCAGGGGCUGACAGGACCACAGACAUUCAGAGUGACCUGGGGGUGUGACGGUGAAACAAGCUCAACAAGAGUGAAAGAUGUGUAUCAUCUUAAAAUAAGCAGUCUCAGACCUGGUGAAAAGUACCAGUUCAAUGUGGCUACAGAGGGAGAAGAUGGAAGACAAAGCAGAUGGGUCUCAGCAUCCAUAUCCACAGUACUUCCUGCUCCAGACCAGCUGACUGUUGACUCAGUGGACACCACAUCAGCUGCUGUUAGCUGGAGCCAGCCACCAGGAUUGGACCACACCCAACAUCAUUACAAGAUCUCCUACUGCUGUCCAGGGAUAAAACCACACAUCACUACCACAUCUUCACCCAGCAUCACUCUCUGUGACCUGAAACCUGCUACUGAGUACUCGGUCACUGUCUGCACUGUGCUGGAAAAUGGAAAGCAAAGUCAACUGGUGUUAACAACCUUCACCACAGUACCCACUGCUCCUGGCCAGCUGACUGUUGACACCACAUCAGCUACUGUUAGCUGGAGCCAGUCACCAGGAUUGGACCAAACCCAACAUCAUUACCAGAUCUCCUACCGCUGUCCAGGGACAGAACCCCACUACACUACCACAUCUUCACACAGCAUCACUCUCUCUGACCUGAAACCUGCUACUGAAUACUCUGUCACUGUCUGCACUGUGCUGGAAAAUGGAAAGAAAAGUCGACUGGUGUCAACAACCCUCACAACAAUACUUCCUGCUCCAGACCAGCUGACCGUUGACUCAGUGGACACCACAUCAGCUACUGUUAGCUGGAGCCAGCCACCAGGAUUGGACCAAACCCAACAUCAUUACCAGAUCUCCUACCGCUGUCCAGGGACAGAACCACACAUCACUACCACAUCUUCACACAGCAUCACUCUCUGUGACCUGCAAUGUGGUACUCAGUACUCCGUCACUGUCUGCACUGUGCUGGAAAAUGGAAAGCAAAGUCGACUGGUGUCAACAACCCUCACCACAAUACUUCCUGCUCCAGACCAGCUGACUGUUGACUCAGUGGACACCACAUCAGCUGCUGUUAGCUGGAGCCAGCCACCAGGAUUGAACCAAACCCAACAUCAUUAUCAUUACCAAAUCUCCUACCAGUGUCCAGGGACAAAACCACACAUCACUAUCACAUCUUCACACAGCAUCAGUCUCUCUGACCUGCAAUGUGGUACUCAGUACUCCGUCACUGUCUGCACUGUGCUGGAAAAUGGAAAGCAAAGUCAACUGGUGUCAACAACCCUAACCACAGAACAUUUUCAGUGGUGGAAGAGACCCUCCACAGUUGCUGCAGUGUUUGUUGUACUGGCUGUGAUCAUGGGCCUGUGGGAUUCCUAUGCAGCUGCAGAGAGAGACCAGCUACAGACAAUUUACAACACACUGACUAAAGAGAGAGACCAGCUACAGAAUAGUCUAAAUACCAGGACCACAGAGAGAGACCAGCUACAGAAUAGUCUAAAUACCAGGACCACAGAUAGAGACCAGCUACAGAAUAGUCUAAACACCAGGACCACAGAGAGAGACCAGCUACAGAAUAGUCUAAAUACCAGGACCACCGAGAGAGACCAGUUACAGAAUAGUCUAAAUACCAGGACCACUGAAAUAGAUGAGUUGAUGAAGAGUCUGAACACUACAACUAUGGAGCGUGACCAGCUACAGAAGGAGAAAGAAUGGCUGAACUGGAAGAUCAAUGGUAAGGACAGCCCCCCCACACAGUUUCGGUAGUUGACCUGUUAUUUCACACCCAAGCAAAUUCAAGAAGUAUUGUCAGCGCUAGCCGUGGCCAUUAGGAACAGUAACAAAUGACAGGAACUGUGUUUUGCCGUAGUGCUCAACACAUGCCACAGUAGAUCAGAGUUAUAAUCAGAACUACAUACCUCGAACACCCUCAGAUUUAGGUUUGUCAGUCAAGGAAGUUAGAUAAAUUGUUGUUGGACAUUUUUUAUAAUUCACCAGUGACCUUGUGGUUAGUGUUCGCCCUGAGAUUGGAAGUAUUGAGAGUUCGAUCCCCGACCGAGUCAUAUGAAAGGCUGUAAAAUGUUACCCGAUGAGUGUCUGCUUGGCACUCAGCAUAAAGGAGAUAAAGCGGAGGUCCUACGAUAGACUAGUGUCCAGCGGGUGUACUUACAUUUUAAUUUGAUUUAAACAGGAUCAACUAGGACCAAUGUCUCAUUUGCAGUAGAGCCCUGUUUUCAAUACAAAGAAAUAAAACACAUACAUGCACAACUACUUAGACACAAGACAUAUACACCUUAAGAAAACAAUCACAAUUAACAGUUAAAAACUGUUCGACAUGUAAGGUGCAUCACAACUGAAGGGACAUUUUCUGAUCUGUGUAGAAACUGGGGAUCUGAAGUGUAAUGUAAUACAUUGACCCAGUUUUUAAUUAGUAAUUCUAGAAGAGACUAGA